GCUCAGAGAUUAAGGGGUUUGUCUGCACCGCUAACAACAAGGAUUGCUCACAGCUCGUAACUUUCCAAGGAGGAAGGGCGAUUCUUUCUUUUUUUAAGUUGCAACUUUUGCAGCUAUUACAGAUAUGACGUUUUUGCAAAACAAGCUGUGGAUAACCAGUUUUUCUUUUGUUCAACUGCUUGUGCAAGACAGGUAGAACAAAGUGUGUGGAAAAAGGAGCUACCAUCUAAAUGCCUCUGUGAGUAAAGGAGCAAGAGGAUGCAGCUGGCAGCGAGGCUUUGCUCUAACUUGUUUGAAGUUUUUUCCCAUGUCAAAGGUGAAGGAUUAUGCCUGGCAUAGGAAUUUAGUCUUCAAAUGAAGGACUUCAUGAGCUGAAUCUUAACAACUCCCGGGCAGAAUGUGAACAUUGGCUUCUGCCACAGGCUUGUGAAUGAGAAUGCAUGUGUAAAUCAGUUUGAUUGAAGUGCCAUGCUAUUCCUCAGCAGUGGGACCGUGGAUGUGACCCCUAGGAGUACAGCUCUUGGCCAACAGCAGCAGGGGAAAACUGUUUAUCACAUAUCUGUAAUCUUGAACGAAACACAGGGAGAUGCCCCCGUGUCAGAGUUGGAAAUGGGCCGGGUCACCCACACCCUGGUUAAGAAUUGGCAGCCAGGAGGAGAGAUAAUUGGUGUUGUGCCAAUGGAGAACAGCCCCAGGCUGGUCAGGGCACGGCAGGAUCUUGACAGGUGGCCCUCCCUGAGCUUCAUAGGUAGAGCUGGAAGGCAAAGAGAGGAGGUAGUUGUGGAGGAGAAUGAGGAGGAGUUGGAGGAGGUGGAGGAAAAAAUGAAGAAAGACAGGUUUUUGAAACAGCCCUCCAAAAACUCAGGUAACUCCUCACAACAAGGCAGAGACGUGGCAGAGUCAGACGUUCAGACAGACACACAGGAGCAACACAUUCAAAUCUCCACAUUACGAUCCGUCACCGUCCAUGCUAAAGGGCUUAUCUUUGGGGAACAUGGCACUGGUGCAGGACAUAGCUCUCUGCCCCGGGCCGCGCUGCGAAGGUCGUGUCAAGAUAAAGCCACGCUGGGUAGGAGAACGGUGAGCAUGUAUGGCGACUCAGUCAAGCAGCAAAUAGAUUGUCAACUUGAACUAGAAAGGCGGCUUCAUAGGCCCAGGAGUGUGUGCAUGCUGGCAGGCCCAAGCCAAGUCCUGUCAGAGCCCCGGACCCAGCAACCCUUCAAGAGGGCAGGCAUUUUAGAAAACAACCAGCAGAACAGGAACAGGAAGGCUGAGUUGAGGGCUGUGGAUGGCCUCAAUCCUGAUGUGGCUCAGCGGCCUUGGGUGCCCGCAGAGGUGACCCCCAGGUUCCGCCAGAGGAGCUGGAAGCCUAGGCCUGUAAGUAUGACAGUACUGGAGCUGAGAAAAAGGGGCUCUGAUGAUGAGAUAGACAGCCAGAGAACCUGCAGCCAUGCAGGCAGCGAUGGAGGAGGCUUUCACAAAGGGGGCUUUCGUUGGAAGCUUUUUGGCAAAGCAUCUCAAGAUAAGAGCAAGGAGACGGAAAGUGACAAAGAUGCAAAGUCUUCCAAAUCCAGUAAAUCUGAUGCUCCAAAAAGUAAACUGAGCUCCUUAAGACGGAGCCUCAGCCUGCGAAUCAGAAGGACCCGGCCCCAGGACAAAGUAACUUUAGGGUCUGAGAGGGAAUUAAAGGAGUGCUCUCUGACUAAAAGUACGGCUGAUGAGACAAUAAUGCCUCCACGGCCUUUCUCGUACCUCACAGGAAGAAUACUUCCAACUUCCAGUGAGCAGAUUGAGGAUGGGGGAAUGCAGUACUUUCAGUACCACAGCAGAGGGAAGGUCAAGGUAAUGGAGGUACCCCUUUGUCCAACAAAACUUUCUUCCAAACCAGUUCAGGAAGAACCAAGCAUAUGGCAGCUCAUAGCUAACCGCUUCAGGAGGAAAGAGCAGCCAUACAGUGGCAAAUGUGAAACCCAGCAGUCCCAGAGCAAAGAAACCAGCCAUUAUCCCCUGGCCGGGAACAAUAUAUCACCGUCACAGCCAGUCACCAUAGAUACUCUGGCAGGCAUCGACUCCUACAAAGGUCAAGACUCUUUUGUCAACAGCCAGGAAUGGACAUUGAGUCGGUCAGUGCCAGAGCUGAAAGUGGGCAUUGUGGGAAAUCUGUCCAGUGGAAAGUCGGCUUUGGUCCACCGGUACUUGACAGGCACAUAUGUGCAGGAGGAGUCUCCUGAAGGUGGACGGUUCAAGAAAGAAAUAGUGGUGGAUGGACAGAGCUAUUUACUUCUAAUCAGAGAUGAAGGAGGGCCUCCAGAAUUGCAGUUUGCUGCCUGGGUGGAUGCGGUGGUUUUCGUCUUUAGCCUGGAGGAUGAGAUCAGCUUUCAGACAGUCUACAAUUACUUCUUGCGCCUAUCCAGCUACAGGAACACAGCUGAGGUCCCCAUGGUCCUCGUUGGAACACAAGAUGCAAUUAGUGCUGCCAACCCCAGAGUGAUUGAUGACUCGCGGGCCAGAAAGUUGUCAAACGACCUGAAGCGCUGCACGUAUUAUGAGACCUGCUCCACCUAUGGCCUGAAUGUGGAGAGAGUCUUCCAGGAUGUUGCCCAGAAGGUUGUGGCCAUGAGGAAAAAGCAGCAGCUCUCUAUUGGUCCAUGCAAAUCUCUCCCUAACUCUCCCAGCCACUCAUCAGUACCCGCCGCAUCAAUUCCCUCUGUUCACAUUAACCAGGCGGCCAAUGGUGGGGGUGCAUUCAGCGACUACUCCUCCUCUGUUCCCUCCACCCCCAGCAUAAGUCAGCGGGAGAUGCGCAUUGAGACCAUCGCUGCCUCCAACACGCCCACGCCCAUCCGCAAGCAGUCAAAGCGCCGCUCCAACAUUUUCACAUCACGGAAAGCCAGUGAACAAGCAAAGAGCGUUGACAGUAAAACAGACAGCAUAGGCAGUGGAAGGGCCAUACCUAUCAAACAGGGAAUCCUUCUGAAGCGAAGUGGCAAAUCCCUCAACAAGGAGUGGAAAAAGAAAUAUGUCACACUCUGUGAUAAUGGCGUCCUUACUUACCACCCCAGUUUACAUGACUACAUGCAAAAUGUGCAUGGGAAAGAGAUAGACUUGCUGAGGACAACAGUCAAGGUUCCCGGGAAGCGACCACCCAGAGCCGUUACCACCGUCGCUCCCACUGCUAGUCCCAAAACCAACGGGCUGACCAAGGACCGCAGCACCUUGCAACUGGGCAUAGGAAACACAGGUGCUCCUCACUCCAACAGUAGUUCAUCCCUCCAGACGGGCGCGUCACUGUUUAGCGGCAAUAAAGACGGCAUGCACCAACGCUCCUUCUCCGUGUCCAGCGCAGACCAGUGGAAUGAAGCCAUUAACACCAGUACAAGCAGCGGAGCCCCCAAUGGAGUGAGUGAUCCUGCGAGUUCCAGUGUGGGCAGUGCCACGAGUCCUAAACUUGAGCCACCUCCUUCGCCACAUGCCAACCGCAAGAAACACAGACGGAAAAAGAGCACAGGCAUCACAAAGCCAGAUGGCUUAUCUGCAGGCAACGAAGAGCAAGAAGAUUCCUUUGAGUUCAUGAUUGUGUCGUUAACGGGGCAGACGUGGAACUUCGAAGCAUCGACAUUUGAGGAGAGGGAACUGUGGGUCCAAGCAAUUGAGAGCCAGAUCUUUGCCAGCCUGCAGUCUUGCGAGAGCAUAAAGAACAAGUCUCGGCUAGGCAGCCAAAGUGAUGCAAUGGCCAUUCAGUCCAUACGUAACGUGAGGGGGAACAGUUUCUGUGUGGACUGUGAUGCACCCAACCCAGACUGGGCCAGUCUGAACCUGGGUGCCUUGAUGUGCAUCGAGUGCUCUGGGAUCCACAGAAACCUGGGCACCCACCUGUCUCGGGUCCGCUCCCUGGACCUGGACGACUGGCCGGUGGAGCUCAGCAUGGUAAUGACGGCCAUUGGUAACUCGAUGGCCAACAGUGUGUGGGAAGGCGCUUUGGAGGGCUACACCAAGCCAGGGAGCGACAGUACCAGAGAGGAGAAGGAGCGCUGGAUCCGAGCCAAGUAUGAGCAGAAGCUGUUCCUUGUGGGACUGCCACAGUCGGACGUUCCCCUGGGGCAGCAGCUGCUUCGGGCGGUGGUGGAGGAUGACCUGAGGUUGGUGGUGGUGCUGCUGGCCCACGGCACCAAGGAGGAGGUUAACGAGACCUACGGGGACGGAGACGGACGCACUGCUCUGCACCUCUCUUGCGCAAUGGCCAACGUGGUCAUCACACAGCUGCUCAUCUGGUACGGUGUGGACGUGAAGAGUCGGGACGCUCGUGGCCAGACCACGCUGUCCUACGCCCGGCGAGCCGGCAGCCAGGAGUGCGCAGACAUCUUACUUCAGCACGGUUGCCCCAACGACACAAGCAGCCUGACAUCAGUGCCCACUCCCAACAUGAGCCGCCGCAACCCCAAUCCCAACAUCAACAACAACAACGCCCAGUGUGAGCUCAACCGCAGCAUCAGCAUCAUGUAGGAGCCAGUGAGCAGCCGCAGACACACCAACAACCCCGAACCCACUCGUCUCUUUCCAGUACUUUCUCCUCUGUUUCACACUGUGUAACCCAGAAUCAGUACCAAUGGAGAGAUAACAGGAGCGAUGGACUGUUGUUUAUAUUCCAAUAUGCCGUAAGAAGAGGGUUUUUGGGGUUCGGACAUUGUACAUGGUUUGUUUUAUAUUGAUAUUUUUUUUUUUUUUAUUUGUUCAUUCAAUCUUGAUCUGAAAUGAUCACGAUCAGCUUUAAACUUUUUGUUUUUUAAGCGCCAACCAAACAAAUGACUUACUUUGGCAUUCAUACCUUCCCUACGAAAAGCAUUUCCUUAAUGCUUGAACAUUUCCUUUUAUUUCUUCCCCUUCUGCGACGUGAACUGAUUUUAUAAUGAGCUUGAAAUGAGAAACUUCCUUCAAAUUUCCAAGCCUAGGCAUAAUAACAUAAAACUGUGAGGAAUAGUUUUACAAAACACUGAUAUGGGAAAGAACCAAAAUCUUUCAUGAUCUCAGUAGCUGUUAGAGCUUUAGUAAUGAUGCAUGUCUUCAACACAGCUAUCAAACUCUUGACAUACUAUUCAUAAUACAAAGGCAAAUCAAUUAUAGUUGAAGAGUCCAAAUGAUUUAGAUACUUAAUUCACAGGAAAAUGGGUUUGAAUCAUCAUAAAGGAGUUGAUUGCAGAAUUCCUAUCGGUGAAAGUGAGUCAUUUCCUCCACCACCCGUAUGGCGAUCCUCCAGUAAAAGUGUCCGUGACUGUAAAGGAAUUAAGGGGCAUAAUGUUUCAUGACCAUCAAGCCACGUGGCUUUGUAAGUGUGCCUCUUUAGACUUCAUUCAAAUUCAAAGUGUCAAAUCGUACCAUUAAUGAUGUCUUUGUUGGAGUAAUUUUCCGAUUGACUCAGUUGUAUUGAAGUUAGAGACUGGAAUAUCCAUUCACCUCCUGUGGCCAAAGGCUAUAGAAUCGGUACUCUCGGGAGCAUUUCCUCUAAUGCUGCUGUGAAAUACAUACAUGGUACUGUGUGUGAGUGCGUCCGUACAAAACUGUCCAACACGUGUGUGCUAACGUCUGUGACCGUGUGCAGCAGAAAGCAACUGGGCCUUUCUGUUCAUAAACAUUGGAGAAAGGACACCAGAGAGGAGAUACCUGUAGUGAAAGAUUUGGGGAACAUAACUGUGUUUUAAUGUACAGACGUCUGUAAAAAGUAGUUCUUGUUCAUUCACCCUAUUCCUUACAAGAACAGUUUGAAUUUCAAAAAAACAAACAAAAACAACGCUUUCCUUUUCCUUAAACCUAUGUGUCAGCCUAAAAGCAAAGGAUUAACAAAAUGCAAUCUAGACUGAAGUGAGACAUUAAGGAAUUAGAAUGAGCGAGGUUUGCAGAGGGAUGUAUAAUUAUUUUGGCCUUCUUUGCAUUAACACAAAUUUACAGUAUUCCACUGACAUGAUAAGCCAAGUCAUUUAUAGCAAAGGUAAGAAAUUAAUUCAGGUGGAGUUGGCACAAUGUCUGCAGCGUAUUUUCCUUAUUAUUGAACUGCCAUUUUUAAGGUUUUAAACCGUCUUGAUUUUAUGGGUUUACAAAGGCAGAAUAUAUGUUUACAGAGUAAGUUAUUAACUUUUUGUAACUUAUCAUUAGGAUUCUGUUUGUCGUUACAGUAUUCCUUUUCAGACAACGUGGUGAAUAAAUAUGUGGUCAAACAAGGAUGUUUGUAAAUCACAGAGAGAGCGAUCUUGUAAAGGAACUGCUGGACUAUUUUGGAAAUGUGCUUAUUUGUAUUCUUCAUCAUAAGAUUAAUACCAUUCUUAAGGCCGGAAUGUUAUGAGCGGAGCCAAGCUAACCGUUAGCUUGGCUUAGCAUAAAGUUCCACCACCUAUUUUCCUCUACAAUUUUCAAACUCUGGAGAGAGCCGGGCUAACCGUGGCGCCCUGCUUCUCCCAGUCUUUAUGCUAGCUAAGGUACACUAAGCUAAGCGCCUCCUGGCUCUAGCUCCAUACUUAACGCACAGGCAUGAAAGUGGUAUUGAUCUUCUCAUCUAACUCUCAGCGAGAAAGCAAAUAAGUCUAAAAUGUCCAACUCUUUCUUCAAGACAUCCCCAAAACGGCCACAAAUUCAACCAGAUACCUUCAAAUUUACUUGUACUGCAUACAUCAAGUGGUACUGGCCUUAUUUCUGAUUUCUACUUGACCAACUUAGAGUACAUUUCAGUAUCCGAGAGGAUUAUUGACAGGAGUUUAAUGUGAAUAUUGAUUACCUGAACUGUAGAUGAUGAAAAAACACUAGAAACCUGCCUGUUUGUACCUGAAGUGUACAUAAUAGCGCAAUGCUUUUAUCUGAAGACAAGCUCCACCUAGAGAAACAAACUAAACUGGGUUUAGGUCAACGGUCCCGUUUGACCCAUGAACCAUAUUUUGAUAUGUUGUUUUUGUUGUUGUUUCUCUUUAGGCAUAUUUUUAAGGUACUUUGGUUUGGUAUCGACAUUAACCCGACCAUCUUUGGUACUUGUGUAUAAUGAUGUACAUUUGACAUAUUUAUAAUGCAGUUUGUAUAUAUCUUUCUUUUUUGUUGUUGUUAAAGUUCAUUUUGUAAUUCCUUUUACGUUGAGGACGUGACACAAAGCAAACGCUAAAGAGUAACUUGUUGUAUGCUUGGAUGCUCAGCUGACUGUUGACCUAUUAAUAAACACUCAAAUAAAACGAUGUAGCCUUCCCUGCAUGUAGGGAAAUCAGCA